UUCAUCCUUCCUUCCUUCCUUCCUUCCAUCCAUCUGUCUGGGUAUUUAUUUGUAUUUCGCUAUGUCAGUCUAUGAUCAAUUUGUUUUGUAUCAUUUCUAUUCAUUCAGCUUUUUUAUGCUAAUUGAUUCAUCCAUUACCGUAAUUGUGUCAGUGUGUCAUUUCUCUCUCUCUCUCUCCCUCUGUCCCUCUCUCUCUCUCUCUCUCUCUCUCUCUCUCUCUCUCUCUCUCUCUCUCUCUCUCUCUCUCUCUCUAUCCUGUUAGAUGCUGUGUGUGGAUGUUUAAUUGAAAACUAGUUAGUGCUUCAGACCAUUUAGAUCAAACUUAAUUUUCCUGUUUAAUUCAACCCUAAUUCGGUUUGUAGCCUUUUCAUUUUAAGAGUGUGUGAGAGAGCGAGUGAGAGAGUAUCAGUGAGAGAGCGAGGAGUUUCCUAUUCGAGAGAGCAUCUGUGAGAGAGAGAGUGAGUGAGAGAGAGCGAGCGAGAGAGCAUCAGUGAGAGCGGAGGGGGGAUGAUGUGAGGGUAUUCACUGGAGAGAAGGGGGAGGAGCCUCGUAAUCCACUCAGCCAAUGGCUCGUCAGGGAGGCAGAGUGAAGGUGCCAACAUCAGCAUCAUCAUCAUCAUCAUCAUCUCAGUGAGUGCCGGACAAAGGAGAGCAUCACCACACCCUUGUGCUCGCCGAGGGGUUUACACUCGCCACACACUCCUCCUCUCCUGACCACGCUCCUCCACGGCUCCCAGGGCACUGACGGAGGGAGGAGGUGAAGGAGAAGAGGAAGAGGGGGAGGGGAGAGAGAGCUGUUGCUCGGCUAUGAUCAUGGACGCUAACCUGCAGUCCCAGCGCUUCUUCUUCCCGCAGAUCUUCUGUGAUCCCGCCGUUCAGCUCAGCGAGAGCAAGAGCGAGCAGAGCAUCUGUCAGGCCCGCGCCUCCGUCAUGGUCUACGACGACACCAGCAAAAAAUGGGUGCCGAUCAAACCGGGUCAGCAGGGCUUCAGCCGCAUCAACAUCUACCACAACACCACCAACAACACCUUCCGUGUGGUGGGCGUCAAACUGCAGGACCAGCAGGUGGUCAUCAACUACUCCAUAGUGAAGGGUCUGAAGUAUAACCAGGCCACGCCCACUUUCCACCAGUGGCGGGACGCGCGGCAGGUGUACGGCCUGAACUUCGCCAGUAAAGAGGAGGCUAACACCUUCUCCAACGCCAUGCUGUUCGCCCUCAACGUGCUGAGCAGCGCAGACGGAGGUCCAGCUGUUCAGCGGCAGCUCCAGAACGGGCCGAACACAGAAGAGCUCGAGGUGCAGAGACGGCAAAUGGAAAUGCAGGCGCAUAUCGAGCGGGAGAGGCGAUCGUCCAACUCAGGUUCCCCGUUUCAGGGUCACGCGGUGCUGUCCGUAGCUCCGCCCAUUGCCACACCCCCUCCGCUGCUUAUGGGCGGCCCCUGCCCGCCUCCACCCCCGCCCGGGCCCCCGCCCCCCUCCACCGGGGCUCCGCCCCCUCCCCCGCCGCCUUUGCCUGCGUGUGGGUACGGGGGCCCCGGGGCCGCGCAGGACGACGGUCAGGGCCCCACAGGACUCGCCGCCAUGAUCGCCGGAGCCAAACUGCGCCGCGUCAAUCGGCCCGAGGAGAACUCCUCUUCCGGAGCCAAGAGCGAAGCCAACCGGACCAGUGGCGGGAGCGGAGGCCUGAUGGAGGAGAUGAACGCGCUGCUGGCACGCAGACGGAAAGCAGCGGAUGAGAAGAAAGAUGGAGACAGCCAAACCGACGAUCUGAACUCUCGUGGGCAGAACGCUUCAGACGGAGUGAAGAAGCCGUGGGACCGAGCGAACUCUGCCGAGCGAUCGUCGCUGGUGUCCAGGGUUCGUCCCGUGGGCAGCAUCGGAGACUCCGACGCCUUAGACUUCGACAGGAUGAAACAGGAGAUCCUGGAGGAGGUCGUCCGGGAACUGCACAAGGUGAAGGAUGAGAUCAUUGAUGCCAUUAGACACGAACUCAGUAGAAUCAGCACGACAUAAUGUCCAUGUUUCCCGAGAGCCAAACCCACUGUAGCCGAGGAAGAGGAAGAGGAAGAAGAGGAGAACGUUACGCCGUAUUAAAGCCCACAGACGCUAAUGCUAACGCGGCGCAGGACACUGCACUGACUUACUGUUCUCUGGAAGAAACUGAAGAAACUACACAACUGUUUUUAUGAGGUGUUGUUCUGUUCAUUUUCUCUGCAUUAUUAUUAUUUUUUUAUUAUUAUGUAGUAGUAGUGUUUUCAUGUACACUGCCUUUCAACAUUUUUAAUGUUUUAAAAAGAAGUCUCUUCUGCUCACCAAAGCUGCAUUUAUAUGAUCAAAUAUACAGUAAA